GUUGCAUGUUGAAGUGAAAGAAAGACAGUGCUUUCUGGUUUUGUUUCUUGUUCUAUUCACUAGUUCCAGCCCUAAAGCAACUUUAGUGCAUAGCUUCUUUGUGCUGGGGUCGGCCUGCAACAUUGUGCUCGCCCCGAGCGUCAGCCAUGCACAGGUAGGACUCACUGAGAGGAGCCUUGAGGCCCCGAAGAUACUAGCAGACUUGCAGAGCUAGAGUGACCACCAUGGCGACAUCAUCAGCGUCAUUCGCUGUCGACGAUGCUGAUCUCCUCACCGAGGUGCCUCCCUACUUGAAGAAACUAGCGCGGAUGGUUGCCAGGGGAUUCUACAACACGGCUCAGAUUCUUGUUGUUGAUGCUCUUGUUCGGGAUCCCUGCGUAAAGGAGGAGGAUCUGUCUGAGCUUCUACACAUGGACAAGAAGAUGCUGCGACAAGCACUGAUCAUCUUGCGCCGAGACCGCCUCAUCAAAUCGGUGGCACACACUGAGAAAGUAGAGGGCUUUGAUCAGCCGAAGAAGUUUGACUACUACUUCAUCAAUUUCAAAUCGUUUGUCAAUGUGCUCAAGUACAAGCUGGAUCACAUGAGAAAGAAGAUCGAAGCCGACGAGAAGAUUGCGAAAAACCGACAGUUCUACAAGUGCCCGCGCUGUGGCAAAGAGUAUGGAGACCUGGAUAUCAAUCAGCUGUUUGAUCCAUUUGAGCACAUCCUCAAGUGCACGUAUUGCGGUGGUGAAGUAGAAGAGGAUCACUCACUCUCAGACCUGAAGCAGAGUACGAUAUCAGUGGCAGAGCUGAACCAGCUGACGGAGCCUCUCCUCACCUUGAUUCGCCAAUGCGAGAAUGUCAAGCUCGCGCCGACUGUACUAGAACCCGAGCCCAAGCCUAUUAAACAGCUGGUUGAGAAACGAGGUGAAGUGGCCAACAAAUCGAAAAAGGGCCCUUGGACCUCUGGCGACCGCUCAAUCAAUCCCUUUGAGAACUCCACUGGCAUUCAGAUCACCCUCAACCAGGACAAUGAACAGCAGAAAGUGGUGGCAACUAGAGAGCAGCCAAGCUGGCUGGCAAAAAGCACUGUCCACGUUGAAGAGGAUACUCCUGUCUCAGGGUCACCGAGUGCAGCACCAUCUCCGGAUGGUUCGGGUGUGAAAUCUUCUGCAGCCGCUUCAAAGAAGGGCGGCUCCAAUCACAUCCUCACCGACUUGCUGAUACACGAGUCGCGCGCGAGCGGCAACGUUCCUCUACCGCCCGGCGUCACGUCCACGGUCGGCAAACGAACCAUUGCUCAGCGUCAAGAAGAGGACGACAGCAGCAGUGAGGAUGACGAGGCAGCCGCUAAGAGGCAAGCGCAGGCGCUGGGUAGCCGCUCGCACUUGCUGGAGAGUGCCGCUGCUGCCGCCGCUGCUGCUGCUGCAGUGGCCAGCAGUCAGCCGACGUCGUCGGGCAAGUCCAGUCCAGCAGACGAGGUGGAGAUGAUGGAGGAUGACGACGACAAUGAAGAGGAGCUGACAGUCAAGGUUGGCGGCAAAUCAUACCCACUCAGUGAGGUCACUGGUGAUCUCCUUGCCCAGAUGACCGAGGAGGAGAAGACCGAAUACACCCGCCUUGCUCACCAGGCCUAUACAGACCAGUUUGAUAUUUAAUACUACUGUUGCUGCUGCUAGUGCUGCUGCUGCUGCUGCACAUCGCCAGCAACUGGCCAAGAUUCUAUUGUUGGCAGCCAAAAUGAAGUCGGCAUUGUAUCCUGUCCUGGUCUACCUGCAGUAAAAACACACACAUGACUGUGCAGGUAAUUUGCGGUCAUGGUUCAACUCGUCACAAGGUGCACUGCUACGUGAGUAGAGCACAAGUUCACAACAACAACAAAAUAGUUGUGCACCGGUCUGUGUCCUUUUUAACCACUUCAAAAGCUACAUGAUUGUACAGUUCUUCGGCAGCCAUGUUGACGUAAAAUUUUAGACCAGUUGAAAAUUCACAGAGCGUGCCUCCUUUCCUGCUGUUGCACCUUGAAUACCCGAAUCAUUGUUGCUCAUACUCUGCUCAUACUCUGGAUAUCAAGUAUUGUAUUUUCUCUCAAGUAGUACACUGUACAGUACACAGAGACAGUGCUCUUUUUUUCUAGACCUGGUAAGAAUUAUUAUAGUGCUGUUUAGACUGUAUGUGGCAUCAUACAAUUUCCUCACUGGACCGCGGGUGACGUUCCUCUCGCCGUUUAUCCUCUUGACACAUAGAAACGUUUGCUAUCGGCCUUUC